UGCAGCAGAUAGACGCCACCACUCUUUUUCUGUCUCUCUCUCUCUCUCUCAAUCUAUCUCACACCGCAGCCCUUUACUAAGUUAUAACUAUUAAACAAGACAAAACCCCUACUCUUCCAAUUCUCUCUGUCUCUGUCUCUCUCUGUGGUUCUUGCUCGCUUGCUGUGAGAAACAAUGGGUGCUUCGCUGCCUCCAAAAGAGGCAAACCUCUUCAAGCUCAUUGUUAAAUCAUAUGAAACUAAACAAUAUAAGAAGGGGCUGAAGGCAGCUGAUGCCAUAUUGAAAAGGUUUCCAGAACAUGGAGAAACUUUAGCUAUGAAGGGUCUGACAUUAAAUUGCAUGGACCGUAAAACCGAAGCGUAUGAACUUGUCCGGCAAGGGUUAAAGAAUGACCUCAAAAGUCAUGUUUGUUGGCAUGUAUAUGGUCUCCUUUACCGGUCAGACAGAGAAUACAGGGAGGCAAUUAAAUGCUACCGAAAUGCACUGAGGAUAGAUCCGGAAAAUAUUGAGAUACUUAGGGACCUGUCACUCUUACAGGCACAGAUGCGGGAUUUGGCAGGUUUUGUUGAGACAAGACAGAAACUUCUGUCUCUGAAACCAAAUCAUCGCAUGAAUUGGAUUGGAUUUUCUGUUGCCCAUCAUUUAAACUCAAAUCCGUCAAAAGCAGUUGAAAUUCUAGAAGCAUAUGAAGGGACGCUAGAAGACGAUCAUCCUCCAGACAAUGAACGUUGUGAGCAUGGGGAAAUGCUCUUGUACAAGAUUUCUUUGUUAGAGGAAUGUGGUUUUCUUGAGAGAGCACUUGAAGAGUUACACAAGAAAGAGUUUAAAAUUGUUGAUAAAUUGGUUUAUAAAGAGCAAGAGGUUUCUCUUCUGGUGAAGCUUGGUCGCCUGGAAGAAGCUGAAAAAUUGUACCAAGCAUUACUUUCCAUGAAUCCUGACAAUUAUAGAUAUUAUGAAGGCCUACAAAAAUGUGUUGGGCUAUAUUCAGAAAAUGCCCAGUUUUCUGCUGAUGAAAUUGAUCAAUUAGAAGCCUUAUACAAAUCUCUUGGGCAGCAACAGAAGUGGUCGUCUGCUGUUAAGAGAAUACCACUUGACUUUCUACAAGGCAACAGGUUUCGAGAAGCAGCCGAAAAUUAUAUUAGACCUCUCCUAACAAAGGGAGUUCCUUCAUUGUUCUCUGAUCUCUCUCCUUUGUACGAUCACCCUGGAAAGGCAGAUAUUCUGGAGCAACUUAUACUUGAGUUGGAGCAUUCACUAAGGACAACUGGCCAAUACCCUGGGAGGACUGAAAAGGAGCCCCCUUCAACACUUAUGUGGGCAUUGUUUCUAUUGGCUCAGCACUACGACAGACGGGGUCAAUAUGACAUUUCUCUAUCGAAAAUUGAUGAAGCUAUCGAACACACUCCAACUGUGAUUGAUCUGUACUCUGUCAAGAGUCGAAUAUUGAAGCAUGCGGGUGACUUAGCAGCAGCUGCUGCAUUGGCUGAUGAAGCUAGGUGUAUGGAUCUUGCUGAUCGUUACAUAAACAGUGAUUGCGUCAAGCGUAUGCUACAGGCUGAUCAGGUGGCUUUGGCGGAAAAAACUGCUGUAUUGUUCACAAAAGAAGGGGAACAACACAACAACCUUCAUGACAUGCAGUGCAUGUGGUAUGAACUUGCUUCUGGUGAAAGUUACUUCCGCCAAGGUGAUCUUGGACGGGCCUUGAAGAAAUUUUUAUCUGUGGAGAAGCACUAUGCUGAUAUUACAGAAGACCAAUUUGACUUUCAUUCUUAUUGCUUGAGGAAAAUGACUCUGCGCACUUAUGUGGAAAUGCUCAGAUUUCAAGAUCGUUUGCAUUCACAUGCAUAUUUCCAUAAAGCUGCAGCUGGGGCUAUCAGGUGCUAUAUAAAAUUGUAUGAUACUCCUUCAAAGUCAACAGCGGAUGAAGAUGAUGAAAUGUCAAAGUUGCCUCCUUCUCAGAAAAAGAAAAUGAGGCAAAAACAGAGAAAGGCAGAAGCACGAGCUAAGAAAGAGGCAGAAGAAAAACAUGAAGAAUCAAGUGUUGGUGCCGCCUCUAAGUCCGGAAAACGACAUGUCAAACCUGUAGAUCCAGAUCCUAAUGGGGAAAAGUUGUUGCAGGUUGAAGAUCCACUACUGGAAGCUACAAAGUACUUAAAGCUGCUUCAGAAGAACUCGCCCAAUUCCUUGGAGACACAUUUGCUUUCUUUUGAAUUAAAUAUGAGAAAGCAGAGAAUUUUGCUGGCCUUUCAGGCUUUAAAGCAGUUGCUAAGGUUGGAUGCUGAACACCCAGAUUCACAUCGCAGCUUGAUUAAAUUCUUCCAUAAAGUGGGAUCGAUGGCUGCUCCGGUGACUGAUACUGAGAAACUCAUUUGGAGUGUUUUAGAAGCAGAGCGUCCAACAAUUAGUCAAUUGCAUGAGAAAUCUUUGAUUGAGGGAAACAGGACUUUCCUUGAACAACAUAAAGAUUCUUUGAUGCAUAGAGCUGCUGUUGCAGAAAUGCUUUAUGUUUUGGAACCUGAUAAAAAGCCAGAGGCGAUCAAAUUAAUCGAAGAAUCGACUAAUAACACAGUACCCAAAGAUGGAGCGCUUGGACCAGUCAGGGAAUGGAAACUCAAAGACUGUAUUGCGGUCCACAAGUUCCUAGGAACGGUCCUUGUUGACAAUGAAGCUGCAUUGAGAUGGAAGGUGCGUUGUGCGGAGUACUUCCCUUUCUCUACAUACUUUGAGGGCAGCCUCAGCUCUGCCAUACCUAACUCAGCAUACAACCGGAUAAGUAAACGGUCUGAAAAUGGGAGUGCAAACCAUUCAGGUGGUGAAACUGGAGAUUCCCUUGCAUCAAACGGAAAGCUAGAGACAUUUAAGGACCUCACCAUCUGACCUUCAAUGUUGCUAGUGUGCCUCUGCCAUUGUAUUUCACUAUUUUGCAAGUCACCAUACAAAUCCAAGCUUUGACUGAGAAAUAUCAAAUAUGUUGGAACUUGGAAGAGGAGGUUGCAGCUUGUGGAUGAAUUUGGGGCUCUUCUGCAAGUUAUGGUGAUUGCGAGUACUGAUUGCUUUGGGAUAGGAUUCUUUUUAUUUUACCAGUUAUAUAUCUUGCCCAAUUCAGAGAUGUAUUCCAUUUGCAAAUGUGUAUAAUGUUACUUCCAUUGUGUAUUAGGGUUGAAUUUUUUAUUUGCUUACUUUUUCAUGAGAUCCUGGACAAAGGUGCUCCCUGGCUUUGAGUAUAUGAGAAUAUUUUUAUCUUCUUGGUGGAGGGGAGAGCGACAUUUUCGUUUUUGGUAGUACAUGGUCCUACGUCCAGCCAGCAUAGGCCCAUUUGAUGGCUAAUUUAUUAUGUAUAAACAUUAAAUUAUGUGAAAAUUUUGCUGUGGAAUUCAUGUGUAUUACUGCAAUGAUCAGCGAUAGUUUUCUGCAAA